AGCUACAGCUCGCAUGCAAGGGCAAAGCAAGGAUUCAGCCCGGUCGGCUAUCGCUGGUGCUUUAGAUUCAUUGCUGGUAGACCUUUGUCUCGGCACAGCACGAUCCGCAAGCUUGAGCUAACGCUAAGCAGCCGCGUAUCCCAAUUGCCAAGCAAACUGCUAUAGCCUCGCUACACUGCUAGACGCGCGAUCGACCGAACGACGGGCUCCAGGCGCCGCACGAGCAGCUAACAUGAGGCGGCUCAGCGACGCGCCCCGCCUUUUGCUCCUCUUAGCGCUCGCGCGCGCCUUCCACCGGCCGCUUCGCUCCCGCAAUUGGCUGCGGCCGGGCGCCCAGGCCGACUCUAUUGACAAAAAACCUAGAAGGAACGUGGCCAAAGCGGCCCAGAGAGCCGCUUCGACUAUUCGGGGCGGCGUGGGCGAUGUUGCGAAAGGCGUCGCUAAUAGGUUACCAGGCAGACGAAAGGGACCCCUCAGGAUAGCUCUGUUAGUAGAACCGACGCCCUUCACGCACGUUUCUGGCUAUGCCAACAGGUUCAAGGAACAACUCAAGUACCUGAAGGAGUUUGGGGACGAAGUCGCAGUCGCGACGCCUGAUGACAAACCGGAGGCACCAGACGAGUUCAUGGGCUACCCCAUUACCACGCUCGAAGGUUUUAGGUUUCCCCUGUAUGCCCACCUCUGCUUGACCGGCGACUUCAAGGGCGAGGCCAGGAGGAUGGUCGAGAAGUUCAAGCCCGACGUCAUCCACGCGUCGUCGCCCGGUUUUUUUGCGUUGGCGGCGACUGGUAUUGCGAAGGCCUUGGACGUGCCCCUGGUGCUGUCGUACCACACGCACCUACCCGUGUAUGCCGAACGGUACGCGUCGUGGCUUCCGUUCUCUAGAAGUAGUGCCUGGCUGGCCAUCAAGGCCGCCCACGCCUUCGCCGACGUGACACUCGUCACCUCACCACAGAUCAUGGACGAGUUCAAGCAGCACCACAUCCGCAACGUGAAGGUAUGGCAGAAAGGGAUCGACGUCGACAUCUUCAAUCCCGAGUUCCGGGAUAGCGCGACGAGGAACGUAUUGGCCCCGAAGAACCCGUCGAAGACCAUCCUGCUCUAUGUCGGGAGAAUAUCGGUAGAGAAGAGACUCGAGGACGUGGCGGAAGUGUUACGGGCGAGGCCCGAGACCGUCUUUUCGAUCGUUGGGGGCGGCCCGCACGAGGCGGAGCUGCGCAAGUUCUUCGCGGAGUUCGGCGAUCGCGUGCAUUUUGUCGGGGUCUUGCGAGGAGAAGCUUUGUCGAAGGCGUACGCGUCGGCGGACAUGUUCGUCAUGCCGUCCGACAGUGAGACGCUGGGCUUCGUGGUGAUUGAGGCCAUGGCGUCGGGCCUGCCUAUUGUCGCUGCCGAUGCUGGAGGUAUUCCGAGCAUCGUGGACCAUGAGUCGAAUGGUAUAUUGGUCAAGCCCGGGGACACGAAAGCUUUUGCGGCGGCGUGUGGGCGGGUCCUUGAUGAUGCGUCCAUGCGGGAACGACUCACGACGCGCGGAAGGAGUGACGCCGAGGGCUGGUCGUGGCGCGCGGCCACGAAAAACCUGCGCGAGGAGCAUUAUUAUUCUGCUAUUAGGCGACAUGCAGCUUUGAAGAGAGAACGGGACAAUGGCGGCGCCGGCAUCCUCUCCUACAUCUGGCCGCGGCGCAUGCGGCUCUGGACGGGCCAGCUGCGGCGCUACUUCUCGUUCGUCUUCCUGAAGUUCUACGCGCUGGCCGCGUGGGUGCCCCUGCGCGGCAUGAGCGCCGGUUAGAAAGUCCCUUCCCCCCUUGCCCCGUGACAUAAACGCAUGGCUGGUUUAU